AUGGACAAGAGAGCAUAUAAUAGAAUUCCCAAAAAAUGUGGCAAACUCACCCAAAAAAAAGCGAUUACAACUAUCGAAGAAUUAGACUUAGACAAAGCUCAAUUUAAAAAGAUUUUCGAUCUCUUCGAUUAUAACGAAAAUGGUGGUCUUUCUCUCGCUGAAAUUGAUAGAGCUAUUGUUGAACUUUAUCCACAUCUCGCAUAUGAUGACACUGCUAAGAAAACCGUCAUCAAAAAAGCUCAAGAACUCGCUAAAAAGUCAAAGGAUGGUUUUAUCAACUUUGAAGAUUUCGAUGAUUUAUUUGAAUAUCUUCAAGAUUAUAGUGAGAAAGCAGUUAUCUCUACUAAAAAAUUAGACGAAGCUCAGAUCACGGAGGUAUUUGAUUUCUGGAGCAACGAAGGUGUCUUACCUCUUGACGAAGUAAAUAAAGUCGUUUUGUCACUUUAUCCACACCUUAAAAAAAAUAAGUCUGUUAUAAUGCAGGCUUACAAUGAAAAAGUACCUAAAUCUUCACAGGGUGAUUUCAUUAAUUUUAAAGAAUUUGAAUAUCUCAUUGAUGCUCUUCAUUACUAUAACGAGAAAGCGGAAUUCAUUAUCAGAAAACUAAGUAAAAAUCAGGUCAAAAAGAUUUUUGGCGUAUUUGAUUAUAAUAAUGACGGUACUAUAUCCUACGAUGAGAUCAAUAGAGCUGUUGUUAGACUCUAUCCACACUUCUUAGAAAAUGACUCUAUUAUCAUGCGUGCCUACAAAGCUGCUGAUGUUUCACGGGAUGGCGUUAUUGAUUUCAAUGAAUUUGGACGUCUCAUCGAUCUUCUUCAUUACUACAAUGAAUUAUCUUGUAUAUUUAAAAGACUUGAUAUAGAUAAUAAUGGACGUAUUAAUUUUGAGGAAUUCAAAAAAGGACAUGAUUUAAUUGGAAUAAGUGUGAAAUCAAAUACAAUGCUAAAGGAGAAAUUCGAUGAGAUUUGUGGUAAUAAUAAAAAGCAUAUUCCCUUUGAUGAGUUCCUUGAUUACGCUGCCAAGAUAAAAUUGAUAUCUGAAGAUGCCCAAGGAAUUCAGAAGACUCUAGAAGCUCAAGAAAUUCCAGAACUUUUGGAAACUCUAGAAACUCUUGAAGCUUCAGAAACUCGAGAAGCUCAAGAAACUCCGGAACUUCUGGAAACUCGAAAAACUUUGGAAGCUUUAGAAAUUUAGGAAACUCGAGGAACUCAAAAGACCCAGGAAGUUUGGGAAACACGGGAUACUCAGGAAACUAGGCCAAUUAUAUCUCUCCUCUUCGCAAAACCAGCGAUGGAUAUUUUUGCUUAUUCUUUAUAGCGGGAGUGGGUCUCUCUGUUUCCCAAAAAUACUUAGAACAAUGUUAAAUUAAUUUUAUUUUAGUUAUCACGUAAUAUAAAUCUACAAUGAGAUUAAUUUUUGUGUAAAUUAGGUUUUU